AUGGAUCCAGAAAAGAGCAACAAUUCGGACACAUCAACAGCAGAAAGUGAUAAGCACAACGGGAGGUCGUACGACUGUUCCUACUGCAAGCGCGGGUUCACAAACGCUCAAGCCCUAGGCGGCCACAUGAACAUACACAGGAAGGACAAGGAAAAGGCCAAGGCGAAGGCGAAGGCCAAGGAGAAGAAUCAAGAACCAGAUCCGUUGAUACGGGGUUUUUUACCAGGUUAUCAUGUGAACCCCGGCCUCCAAACAGGAAAUAACGAGCAGUGCUUUUUUCCUGUUUGGAGGCCUGAUAAUUUUCCCCAUGGGAAUCCGAGUCUGAUGCGCGUAGAAGAUCAUGAACACCAAGAAGAAGUGGAUUUAGAGCUUCGUCUCGGUCGAUUAUGGUGA